AUGUUGAGCCCCCACAGGGAUCUGGUUUGUACCGUUGCGUCCCGCGAGUUUCGUUUCCCCCUCACCGAAAAUCGAUGCAAAUCUAGAGAGAGAGAGAGAGAGAAGGAGAGUGGCAGCGACUGGAGUGUCGAGCAGCAGCAGCAGCUGAGAAACUCAGAGGGGAAUGAUAACAUGUUUGCGUAUCAUGGUGGUGGGGUUCAAGGAAUGAUGGGAGGUGGCAACUUUGCUUCUUCGUCUCCGGGCUCUAUGCAGCAGCCUCAGCAGUCUAGGAAGUUCUUUGAGUCUACUCAACAGCAGCAACAGGGUUCUUCUUCUCAAGAGGGCCAGCAAAGUUUCAACCCAAUGCAGCAAGCGUAUAUGCAGUUUGCUUUACAGGCUCAGCAACAAAAAGCACAGCAGCAAGCUAGAAUGGGGAUGCUGGGUUCUUCAAGCGUUGGAAAGGAUCAGUAUGCACGGAUGGGGAUGUUGAACAUGCAAGACAUGAUUCCGAUGCAGGCAUCAUCUAGUCAGGGCCAUGCCUCAUCGUCUAAGCCGUCGGGUGAGCAGUUUGCUCGCCAGAUGGAAUCAGGUCCUCAGCAAAGGGACGAAACGAAACCUCAUCCUCAGCAGCUGGGAACGGGACAACUAAUGCCUGGGAAUAUCACAAGGCCGAUGCAGGCUCCGCAGGGUGUCAACAACUUGGGAACCAACCAACUCGCACUUGCACAGCAGUGGCAGAUGAUGCAGGCGUGGGCGCGUGAGCAUAAUGUUGAUCUCUCACAUCCUGCCAACGCCAGCCAAAUGGCGCACAUCCUUCAGGCAAGAAUGGCUGCCCAGCAGAAGGCUAAUGAAGGCAAUGCGGCUUCGCAGUCACCAUCUAUUCCAAUCUCUAGCCAGCCGGCUUCAUCUUCAGCUGUUCCAGGUGACCACUCACCUCGUACCAACUCCGCUAGUGAUAUCUCUGGGCAGUCAGGAUCAGCCAAGACCAGGCAUGCAAUAUCUACCAGCUCAUUUGCCUCGACUUCCAGUCCCAGAAUGGUUAACCCUGCUGCGAAUCCCUUCUCUAUCCAAGGGAGAGAUAAUGCAGGGUAUCCUCGACAUUUAGUUCAGCCUACAAAUGGGUUUCCCGCAGGAAGUUCCAUGCAGACGUCUGCAAAUGAGACACAUGUUUUGGAUCAGAAUGCGUCUACAAAAAAAAGUUUAGGUUCUGCUGAACAUUUGCAGAUGCAGCAGCCUAGGCAACUGAAUGCACAGGCUCCAAAUUUAGCAGCUCCAUCUGAUGCUGGUUCACUCAGCAACCCUUCCCUUCAGAGUGGACAGGGGGCCCAACAAGCACAACAGCGAUCAGGAUUUACUAAACAACAACUCCAUGUUCUCAAAGCCCAGAUACUGGCAUUUAGGCGUUUGAAGAAAGGAGAAGGUUCUUUGCCUCAGCAGCUUCUUCACGCUAUUGCUCCACCACCGCUUGAACUGCAGACGCAGAGGCAAAUUUCUCCCGUGGAAGCACACGUUCAAGAAAGACCUUCAGACAAAACUGUAGAAGACCAAGCGAGGUCGCUGGAGUGUGGCAAAGAGUCUCAGGCUGCUGCUUCUUCAAAUGGACAAAUUGUUUCUAAAGAGGAGGAUAAUGUUGGAGAUACAGAAGUAGCUUUGGCGACGGGCCACAGCCACUUAUUUCAAAACCUGGGAAAAGAAGCUGCUUCUACUGACGUGGCUACGAAAGAGGAGCAACAUACUGAUAUAUUCCCUGUUAAGUCAGACCAAGGAGCAGAUGCUAGUACUCAAAAGACUCCUAGAAAUGAUUCUACUGCUGAUAAGGGAAAAGCCGUUGCAUCUGAUGGAGGCCAAUCUAAUGUUCCUCCACAAGCAAACUCUCCCCAGCAGCCCAAGGAUGCAGCCUCUGCCAGGAAAUAUCACGGACCGUUGUUUGAUUUUCCCUUUUUCACUCGAAAACAUGACUCUUAUGGGUCCGCAACAGCCAAUGCCAAUAACAAUCUCACAUUGGCAUAUGAUAUCAAAGAUCUGAUAUGUGAAGAAGGUGCAGAGUUCUUUAAUAAGAAAAGAACAGACAGCUUGAAGAAGAUAAAUGGUAUACUAGCAAAAAAUUUGGAAAGGAAAAGGAUUAGGCCUGAUCUUGUUUUGCGGCUUCAAAUUGAAGAGAAAAAGCUUAGGCUAUCGGAUCUUCAGUCUCGGGUUAGGGAUGAAGUGGAUCGACAACAACAGGAGAUAAUGUCCAUGCCUGAUAGGCCAUACCGUAAAUUUGUGAGGUUGUGCGAACGACAACGCCUUGAAAUGAAUAGACAAGUUCUGGCCAACCAGAAAGCUGUUAGAGAGAAGCAGCUGAAAACCAUUUUUCAGUGGCGUAAGAAACUCCUUGAGACUCACUGGGCUAUACGUGAUGCACGCACUGCUCGUAACAGAGGAGUGGCCAAAUACCAUGAAAAAAUGUUGAGAGAGUUCUCGAAGAGAAAAGAUGAUGGCCGUAACAAAAGGAUGGAGGCCUUGAAAAAUAAUGAUGUAGAAAGGUACAGGGAGAUGUUGCUGGAACAGCAAACAAAUAUACCUGGUGAUGCUGCUGAAAGAUAUGCUGUUCUCUCUUCAUUUUUGACCCAGACCGAAGAUUAUCUCCAUAAACUUGGAGGUAAGAUUACGGCCACAAAGAAUCAACAGGAAGUGGAGGAGGCAGCGAAUGCCGCAGCAGUCGCUGCGAGAUUGCAGGGCCUGUCAGAAGAAGAGGUUAGGUCAGCAGCCGCUUGUGCUCGAGAAGAAGUUGUGAUCAGAAAUAGAUUUAUGGAAAUGAAUGCGCCAAAAGAUAAUUCAUCUGUCAACAAGUAUUAUACUCUGGCUCAUGCUGUAAAUGAAGUUGUUGUGAGACAACCCUCAAUGCUUCAAGCUGGAACUUUGCGUGAUUACCAGCUGGUUGGAUUGCAAUGGAUGCUCUCGUUGUAUAAUAACAAAUUAAAUGGGAUCUUGGCUGAUGAGAUGGGUCUUGGAAAAACUGUGCAGGUAAUGGCACUGAUUGCUUACCUUAUGGAGUUUAAGGGGAAUUAUGGACCGCAUCUCAUCAUUGUUCCCAAUGCUGUUCUGGUGAAUUGGAAGAGUGAACUCCAUACUUGGCUGCCAUCGGUUUCAUGCAUAUAUUAUGUUGGUACAAAGGAUCAACGUUCAAAAUUGUUUUCUCAGGAGGUUUGCGCCAUGAAGUUCAAUGUCCUUGUUACGACUUAUGAGUUCAUUAUGUAUGAUCGAUCAAAACUCUCAAAAGUUGACUGGAAAUAUAUUAUAAUUGAUGAAGCACAAAGGAUGAAGGACAGAGAAUCUGUUUUGGCCCGAGAUCUUGACCGGUACCGCUGCCAGAGGAGAUUACUUCUCACUGGAACACCUUUACAGAACGAUCUGAAAGAGCUUUGGUCACUAUUGAAUCUCCUCCUUCCUGAUGUCUUCGACAAUCGAAAAGCAUUUCAUGAUUGGUUCGCGCAACCCUUUCAAAGAGAAGGUCCUGCACAUAAUAUAGAGGAUGACUGGCUGGAGACUGAGAAAAAGGUCAUAGUCAUUCACAGGCUUCAUCAAAUUUUAGAGCCGUUCAUGCUCAGACGUCGUGUUGAGGAUGUGGAAGGUUCACUUCCUCCUAAGGUUUCCGUUGUUUUAAGAUGUAGAAUGUCUGCUAUUCAGAGUGCCGUUUAUGAUUGGAUUAAAGCUACUGGAACUCUUAGAGUUGAUCCGGACGAUGAAAAACUUAGGGCUCAGAAGAAUCCGAUCUACCAAGCCAAGAUAUAUAGAACUUUAAAUAAUAGGUGCAUGGAGUUGAGGAAAGCAUGCAAUCAUCCUUUACUCAAUUAUCCAUAUUUCAACGAUUUGUCCAAGGAUUUUCUCGUAAGGUCAUGUGGAAAACUUUGGAUUCUGGAUAGAAUUCUGAUAAAGCUACAGAGGACAGGCCAUCGUGUAUUGCUCUUCAGUACAAUGACUAAACUCCUUGAUAUCUUGGAAGAGUAUUUGCAAUGGAGGAGGCUUGUAUACAGAAGAAUAGAUGGGACUACCAGCCUAGAAGAUCGGGAAUCAGCUAUUGUGGAUUUCAAUGAUCCUAAUACUGAUUGCUUUAUUUUCCUGCUCAGUAUACGUGCGGCUGGAAGGGGUCUCAACCUUCAGACUGCUGACACAGUUGUGAUAUAUGAUCCGGAUCCAAACCCCAAGAAUGAGGAACAAGCAGUUGCCAGAGCGCAUCGUAUUGGGCAGACAAGGGAAGUCAAGGUGAUUUAUAUGGAGGCAGUUGUUGAAAAAAUUUCCAGCCAUCAAAAGGAGGACGAGCUUAGAAGUGGUGGUUCAAUAGACCUGGAGGAUGACUUGGCUGGGAAGGACCGGUAUAUAGGAUCUAUAGAGGGUCUCAUAAGGAAUAAUAUUCAACAGUAUAAGAUUGACAUGGCUGAUGAAGUCAUCAAUGCUGGGCGUUUUGACCAAAGGACGACUCAUGAAGAGCGGCGAAUGACAUUGGAGACUUUAUUGCAUGAUGAAGAGAGAUAUCAAGAAACCGUCCAUGAUGUACCUUCUCUCCAUGAGGUAAACAGGAUGAUUGCCAGAAGCGAGGAGGAAGUUGAGUUAUUUGAUCAGAUGGAUGAAGAAUUUGACUGGACCGAGGAGAUGACUUGUCAUGAGCAGGUGCCUAAGUGGCUUCGAGCUAGUACCAGAGAGGUAGAAACUGCCGUUGCUGAUUUGUCUAAGAAACCGUCAAAGAACAUGUUGUCAAGCAGUAACCUGAUUGUGCAAACUGGUGGGCCUGGAGGUGAGAGAAAAAGGGGAAGGCCCAAGAGCAAAAAAAUAAACUACAAGGAAAUUGAAGAUGACAGUGGAGGAUACUCUGAAGAAAGCUCUGAGGAAAGGAACAUCGAUUCUGGGAAUGAAGAAGAGGGAGACAUUGGACAAUUUGAUGAUGAUGAACUAACUGGUGCUCUCAGUGAUCACCAAACCAACAAGCGCGAAUCUGAUGGAGAAAACCCUGUCUGUGGUUAUGACUAUCCUCCGGGUUCUGGUAGUUAUAAAAAACUUCCUCCACGGGAUGAAGCCGGUUCUUCAGGAUCUUCGCCAGAAAGUCAUAGAUCAAAAGAGAUGGCUUCUCCUGUUUCUUCACAAAAGUUUGGCUCUUUGUCUGCAUUGGACACUAGGCCAGGUUCUGUCUCAAAAAGACUGGUGGAUGACCUAGAAGAAGGGGAAAUAGCAGCAUCGGGGGAUUCUCACAUAGAUCUCCAACGAUCAGGAAGUUGGGCCCAUGACCGUGAUGAAGGGGAAGAAGAACAGGUUUUGCAACCUACAAUAAAACGGAAACGGAGUAUUCGUCUAAGACCCCGCCAAACUGCAGAAAGAAUAGGUGGUAGUGAUAUGGCUGUAGCUCAGCCGUUGCAAGUCGAUCGUAGCUAUCGAUCCAAGUUGAGGACAGUUGUUGACUCACAUGGUUCAAGACAAGAUCAGAGUGAUUCAUCCUCGAGACUUAGGAGUUUGCCUGCAAAGAAGGUAGCGAAUACUUCCAAGCUGCAUGUAUCAUCACCAAAAUCUGGUAGAUUGAAUGCCACACAGCUUUCCGUGGAGGACAACGCCGAAGCUGCCAGAGAAACAUGGGAUGGAACUAGUCCUAUUGGCUCUUCAAAUGCUGGUGUAAGAAUGUCUCACGGCAUACAGAAACGGUGCAAAAACGUGAUUAGCAAGCUUCAAAGGAGAAUCGACAAAGAAGGCCAGCAGAUUGUACCUAUGCUGACAAAUUUGUGGAAGAGAAUUCAGAAUGGUUAUGCAGCUGGAGGCGUAAAUAAUCUUUUGGAACUUCGAGAGAUAGAUCACCGGGUAGAAAGGCUAGAGUAUGCAGGAGUUAUGGAACUCGCAUCUGACGUGCAGUUUAUGCUAAGGGGAGCAAUGCAGUUCUACGGAUUCUCACACGAGGUGAGGUCUGAAGCUAGGAAGGUUCACAAUCUGUUCUUUGAUCUAUUGAAAAUGUCUUUCCCAGACACAGAUUUCCGGGAAGCAAGGAACGCUCUUUCCUUCUCCGGCCCAACUCCAACUUUGGUAUCCACACCGUCCCCAAGAGGAGCAGGUAUUAGUCAGGGCAAGAAGCAAAAGCCAGUAAAUGAGCCCGAACCCGAGCCAAGCUCUCCUCAGAGACUUCAGCAACGCGAGAACACAAGGAUCAGAGUACAGAUACCGCAGAAAGAAACAAAGCUUGGCGGGACAUCCGAUGACUCUCCAAUUUUAGCUCAUCCAGGGGAAUUAGUAAUCUGCAAGAAGAAGAGGAAAGACAGAGAAAAGUCUGCUCCAAGAACCCGAGCCGCCGGCUCUAGCAGUCCGGUCUCGCCUCCAGCUAUGGUAGGUCGUGGUCUGAGAAGUCCUGUGUCUGGUUCAGUUACAAGGGAAACAAGGCUAGCUCAACAGCAACGGUGGCCAAACCAAGCCACUCAUCCGAACAACAGCGGUGCGGCUGGUGAUUCAGUGGGAUGGGCUAAUCCGGUGAAGAGAUUAAGGACGGAUUCUGGUAAAAGAAGGCCGAGCCAUUUGUAGACAGACUCUUGAAAAGGAUUAACUUAAAGCCUCUUUUGUCCUUAGUGCUCAGAUGUGAUUACAAUGUGGCAAUUGAAAGCAAUCUAGCAGCGGAGUCUUUGGCCUUAAGUAAACAAAUAAAUCUAUAGGCCUAUGAUUACUUUAUUGUUAUGUUGCUCACAAAGUUUACAGCAACCUUUAGAAGAAAGUCCUUUUGUCUGCAGUAUAUUAUCCAUCUUGAGAAACAUGUUAAUGUAUAAAAAGAAAUUGGUGGAUAAAUUAAAAACAAACAAAUGAGAAAUGGAUUCAUGUUUUAUGUGUAUUAUUGAUGAUUGCAAUUGUUACAUUUUAUUUACAGUUAAAACAAAAGAAAUUUCGAUAUUCCUCCUAAAGAAUAAACAAGUCUUUACAAAUUUACACGAGGACAGUUUUUUUUCCUCUUUGCAAAUGAACACAUUAAUGGUUUAAAUUUGGAAAAUGAACUAAUGGAAAAGUGCAAAGAAAGAUUUUAGAACAGUCAUCAUGGAUCGGCUUUUCCAGCAAUUUCAUCGUUGUCGUCAGAUUCGGAACCAUUGUCACUCAUGCUAUCAUCUUCAUCAUCAUCAUCAUCAUCACUUGAGUUCUCCUCAGGUGCAAUGUCCUCUGGCUUAGCAUAUGUCUUACAAUAUUCUUCAAAUUUCUGCUCAUAGGCUGUGCGGUCUCGCAUCAACAAAGACGCAGCUUCUCCGUUGAAUGGAUCUGAUGCGUUUGGAUACAGAAGCAGUUGCGGAAGGAAUGACUCGAAAACAUUGAUAAGAUCAAACAUUGGGCUCCAUGUCUGGUUUAUUACGUCUAAGCAAACUGCGCCCGAAGAUUCAUCCACAUUUGGGUGAUAAAUCUUGUUAACAAAUCCUACUGAUGGAGAUUUGUAUGGAUAAGCUUCAGGAAGUUCGACUUUUAUCUUCCAUACACCUCCCUCAUAAAGACCUUCAGUGGGUCCAUGGAAUGUCACAUAGAACAUCUGCAAAUCGUCGUUGAUGGUAUCCACCUUGUAAUCACUCAUCAUCCUGAUCCAGUCAUGUCCAUUUCUCGGCGUUUGCUCGGCGAAGCCAUGGCGAUUCUCCGUUCUUCUUUCUAGAAUCUGGUUUGUGUGAGAGAGAGAGAGAAAAAAGAUUCGAAAAUGAAAGAAGAGACGGAGAGAAAAUGUAAGAAAGAAAAGAUCAAUAAAAAAUGAAAUGGACAUUGCCUUAAUAUAAUCAUUUAUCCAUUUCCAAUUCCUUUCUUACCCCUUUUCCUUGUUUUUUUCAUUGUAUUUUCUCUUUUUGUUACUCUUUAAACUUUUCCAAAAGGUUAUUCUUCUAGCAAGAUGAUGAUGAUGAUACAAUUGGCAUCUUGUCUUAUCCACUGUUGCCGUAAGCGUUAUCCUAACAAUUAGUAAAUUAAUUAUACAAAUCAUAGGCUAACUCAUUCUUCUAGUUUUUUUUGCAUUUAUAACCAUCAUUUAUAUAUAGAGAAGCAAAUGAAAUUUUGAAUGAUCAAAAGAAUUUAUCCAGAAUCUAACGCACAAUUGCGUGGAGUUGUGACUUAGAUAUUACAUUGCUCGGUGAUAUUAUUCUAUAAUCAAAGAUGAAUUAUUUUAAAAGAAACGUGAGCCAUAAACUUACGACGAGUUACGACUGUACAGACGUGAGGACAAUAUAUUACGUGUCUAAUUUUUAUUGAAGUAG